AGUUACUCAACUAAGAAAACACAAGCGGAUUGGCUCAGAGUCUGUGUACAAUUGCAGCCCCUGGUCAAGGCUUCUCCACAAACAACUACUACGAGAAGCAGCGAGCAGGAAUAAUACAGCUUCUGUCACAACUUGAAGGAUGGCCAAGAACUACGGCGGAACGCUCAAGGACUCAGGUGUGGAAUUUUCACGUACAGGUUAUGGAAAGGACGCAGUUAAAGUUCUCCAGAUCAAGAGAGAAGGCAAGCAGCAUUUUAUAAAGGAGAUUGAGGCCUCUGUUCAACUCACCCUAAAGUCAAAGAAGGAUUACCUGGAAGGGGAUAAUGGCGACAUCAUUCCCACAGAUACAAUAAAAAAUACUGUCUAUGCCUUGGCCAAACUAAAAGGGAUAAUAACCAUUGAAGAUUUCUCGCUAGAAAUUUGUAAUCACUUCCUCACAUCAUUCAGCCAUGUUACACAAGCAAAAGUAUAUAUCGAAGAAGUUCCAUGGAGACGCUUUGAAAAGAAUGGAGUCCAGCAUGUUCAUGCAUUUAUCCAUUCAUCGGAGGGAGUUCACUACUGUCAAGCAGAACAGCAGCGAGGAGGUCAGCCUGUUCUUCAUGGUGGGAUAAAAGAUAUCAGAGUUCUGAAGACAACACAGUCUGGAUUUGAGGGUUUUCUAAAAGACCGAUAUACAACACUCCCGGAAGUAAGAGAUCGUUGCUUCUCAACCAUAGUCGACUGCAAAUGGAAGUAUGGCUACUAUAAAGGGGUCAACUUUGAUUCCACCUGGAGAACUAUAAAAGAAAUUAUCCUUGACAAAUUUGCAGGUCCAUAUGACAAAGGAGAAUACUCUCCAUCAGUCCAGAAGACUCUGUAUGACAUCCAAGUGCUGAGCCUGAGCAGCAUUCCUGAGAUUGAAGAAAUUGGACUGGCAUUGCCGAACAAACAUUAUUUUACCAUCGACCUGAGCAAGUUUGGCCUCACCAACAAUGAUGAGAUUCUGCUGCCCUCAGACAAACCUUAUGGAAAUAUCACCGGGACUGUGAGGAGAAGAACGUCCUCCAAGUUGUGACCGACAGGCGCUGAAGACUGAUUAUGUGAAGAAAUGAUUGGAUUGUAGUGAAGCAGAGGAAUAAAUGAAUUUUACUGCCAGAUGAAGGAUUCUGGUU